UAUGGGAGAGAGAACUAACAGCUAAAACCAAUAAUUCUAGAAAAAAAGUUAAGCAGAACGGAGCAUUCAGUGAAAGUUUGGAGUAAGUGGAGAGGGUAGAAGCCAAAAGGAACUAUAGUGAAAUCAUGAGACACUUACAGAAGAAACGUAAGCCAAGGAUCGGCUUCAGAUCCUCAAGGAAGAGUUCUUUAGUGAAAACAAUGCAACAAAAUGGAGCCAAAAAUUCAAAGUGCACCAUCUGUUUAACAAUGAUCCAAGACCCAACUUACUUGAACCCUUGCAACCACCAGUUCUGCUUCAAAUGUAUUCAGAAGUGGUCCAGAAAGAAAGUUAUUUGUCCAUUGUGUAAGCAGCGUUUCUAUUCAUUCUGCCACACUAUACGCAGAAAAGACGCCUUUUGCGAAUAUGUCCUGCCUUUGAAUGGUAGCUCUUUUUCUCCUUCUGAAAGCAAGGAAGACUGCACAUCAGCCUCCUCUCAAAGACUUACAUCAGCUCCUGACAAUGGAAUCGUGCAUAAUGUAAUUAGUGGAACAUUAACUCAAAGAGAGAAGGAUAUUUAUCAGCUCAUGAGACAGUUUGCAGUUACAGAGAGACCCAAUGAUAUUGAUUUAAUCAGCCUUGGGAAAUUUAAAGCCCAAGCAGUAAUUCAGUUUAGGAGAACUCUUUACCAUGCAGGGAUUCUAGUUCAAAACGCUCCAAAUCCAGAUUUCAAUCAAACAUCUUCAGCAGAAUUUUUUGGCAGAAAUCCUCAAUGUUUGGACAGGGUGAUCCCUUGGCUAAAACGAGAAUUAAAAGUGCUGUUUGGUAGGAGAUCAACGAUUCAUACUUUGCAGAAUCUCAUCCUAAGUAACCUUAUUCAUCAUGAUCUGGACAGCAAAGAAUUUGAAGCUAUUUUACAGCCCCACAUGCACCGUUUCACUCGACAUUUCCUGCAUGAGUUCAUGAGUUUUGUCCAAUCCUCAUUACAUCUGAAGAGGUAUGACUGGUGUGCCUUGUACGAAUGCCCUGCAAUAUUGAAAGAGACUGAUCCUUUAACUUCUUCUCCAUCUUCAGAAAAUGAACAUCUGCAACGUCCUGAAAAAAGUCAGGUGCCCAAACCCAAUGCUAGUUUAGAUUAUGGAAACCUAGCAUUCUUGCUUCCUGAUUCAGAGAAAGCCCUUCCUUCCACAUUUGCUACAGCAGAUGAUAAAAAUGAUUCAAUGAAUGAAGAAAAUUAUAUGGAUUUGUCCAACAAAGAUACUGAAAAGGGGAUAGCUACAGCCUUUCGUAUUAUUAAAAAUAUACUGCUUAAGACACCUUCAGAGGAAAAAGUACAGGUCCCUGGAUCUCUCUCUCACUCCCACCUAUUUCAAGGACAGAAAGAAAAAAAGGGCAUGGUAGAAAUAAAUCCUGUUCAGAUUCUUAGGCCAACGGAUAUGGAAACAGGUAAAAACGAAUUAGCAUUGGUAGACGAUGGUGCCUUUAAGAUUUAUCACAAAAAUUCUGCUAACAUCAUCACAGUGAAGAAAUUGGGCAAAAAAGAUACAACAAAAUGUCAAUCCUCUGAGGUUUCCAUAAAUAAAUUAAAAGAAUAUUCUAUGGCAUGGUCAAAAACACUGUCUCCCAAAAGAAGAAGUGUACAUAAAAAUCGUGGAUCAAAAGGUAGCAUAGAAUGCAAAUUUGACAAAGCAUGUUCUGCUUCAAAAGAAAGACAUGGGGGAAGAAACAAAGCAAAGUAUCUACAUGAUGAGAAGAAAGGUAGAAACUAUUCCAGAGACAGGAGACAUAGACGAGAUCAAAGAAAAUCAAAGUCUAAAGAAGUAAGUUUGCUUCACAAGAGCCCUCUGCCUGUAAGAAAAAAAAGCACUGAGGCUAGAGACACUCACAAGUCAAAAUCACAGAACAUUCAUCACAAAAGAAAAAUGAAGAACAAAGAUUCUGAACAUCUAGGAAGUGGAAGUUCCAGUGAACCCAACCAGAAUUGUCUUUACACCAAAGUUAGGCAUGAAGAACCACCGUGCAGAAAGGGUAAAUCAGACAUAUUAUGUGAUCCAAAUCCAUCCACCAGUUCUGGGCAGAAGCCAUUUUUUUCUCCAGAAAAUAAAAUCUUAGUCAAUCAAAGACAUCUAACCAAAUACUGGUAAUUCUCAUCAGGCUGAUGCAGAUGUUUGAAGAGACCUAAAGGUAGGAUUGUUGUAGGAUGACAGAGAAAGUUUAGUUUGGUAAACUAGAUAGCAAGCCAAAAUAUAAGUUAAUGCAAUUGGAAGGUGAUCUCCCAAAGAGUGGUGAAGAUUUAUCCGCAGUGAUACAAACAGCUAAGAUUUUUAAUAUCAAUCUCAACCCAAUUCGAAGACCAAUAUGAAGGCAAAGCUACAAAUGAAAUAGACAAACCUUAAUAAGCAUGUAUGUAAAUAAUGGGAGGCUCCAGCUUGCUCUCAAAGCAAGAGACCAUCAGUGAACACAGGAUAAGACAAGGAAAAGAAGUAUUUGUCUUUUUCUAAGCAGGACAUUGCCUUUUAGAUCUUAAAAAUAAAGAUAUUUGUAUAUUA